AUGACAACUUCGUCAAUAGCAGAGGAACAAACAUUUGUACAAACAUCAAUUGAAUAUAAACAUGUUGAUAAAAAGGAACAAGAUAUUGAUUUACAUCAAGCUAAUAAUUCGUUAUAUGAAUAUUCAUUUAUAAAUUCGAUUGAUUCUAUCAUGAAAAAUAUUGAUGAGUUGAUGAGUCAAAAUAGUUAUGAUGAAAUUUUGAUUAAAUUAUUUGAGAACAUGUGUAUAAUUCAUGGCUAUUCACAUUUAACAAUUAAUGCAGUAAAACAACUUAUUCAAUGGGCAAAAAAAGAUAUUCAAUCAAUUAAACAAUUUGAUAUUAUAUUGCAUGCGAAUUGUUUAAAUAAUAUUUAUAUUAGUUGUCAUUUAAUAAUAAAGCUGCUGAAAAAACAAAAGAAUAAAUUUAAUCAUAUUCCAAAUUAUUCAAUAACUCGUCAAUCAAUUAUUGAAUUUUAUCAUAACUUAAAGGUAUUUAAAUGUUGACAAAAAAAAUGAUAUAAUAGAGUAUAUUUCAUUGAACUGUCAUCAGUAGAUUCUUAAUACUUAGGGAUGAUCAUAUAGUGUUGCAUUAAAAAAUGAAGGGUUAUUGUUGUUCGAAGGAAAUAGAGCUAAAAAUGUUCAAAGAGAAUUAAUGGAACUCGUUUUGAAGAAUAGUUUUAUAAAUUGAACGGAUGUAUUUUGACAGAAAAUAAAGUCUUAAGCACACAAAAUAAAUUGCAAGUUUUUCAUUAAUAGUUAGUAGAAUUUAGCUAGAAAAAUAAAAACUGAAUUAAAAAAAAAAUAUCAUAUUUUUAUUAAGUGCCCCCCCCCCCCCCCCCCCCCCCCCCCCCCGCCCUCAAAAUUCGAUCUCAGCUCAGGAACAUCGAGAUGCCAUGAAACUUUGAGGAUAUGUUGGAGGUAUAAAAGUACGUCUAUGAUAAAAUUUUCAGCCUCCUGUCCUGAUGUAUAAGGUACCUACGAACCAAACAAGGGUUGAAAAAUAGCUUAUCGCAGACGUACGAAAUCUCGAUGGGUGUUCAUUCAAUAUGGUUUAUUGUUUUUUCAUUUGAAAGAUCAUGUCAGAAUGCAGUGCCUCUGAGGGCCCUUUUUUUAAAUUCUUAUCUUUAGUAAGAAAAAAAGGCUGCAUACAUUCAAUCACUCAAAAAAAUCAUGCUUGUAUUAUAAAGUCGCGUUUCAAUAUGAUAAUAAAAAAGCUUUAUCAAAAAAAGGCCCUCAGAGGCACUGCAUCCUGACAUGCUCUUUCAAACAAAAAAAAAAAGAUUUGACUUUAUAUCGAAUUAUAACUGACUUUUGGUGCGUAUGCGUAAUUCAACCAUCAUUUUGAGAAAAACGUGAAACAAUUUUUUAUGUGAAAUUUCCUAGAAACAUUGUUUAUUAUGUGAAUAUCUGUGCUUAGCCAAAGGAU